AAUUUUUUUUUUCAUAAAAACGUUUAUUAUACUAUUUAAAAAAGAUACCUUAAAUUUUUUUUCAAAAAAAAUGUAUUUUUAUGAGGAUUUUAGAGUAAAAAGGUUAUUAUUUACAUCUCCGUUAGAGUACAUAAAAAAACUCUGGCAAAAAGCAAUGACGUAUGAUCCGCGAGUGAGUAAGUGAAACCAUACUAUAAGGUUCGCCUGAUUUGAUGUAUGAAGACAUAAAAGAUGAAUUUUACUUCUUAACUAUAAUUGUACAUUUUGUCUUUACUACUCAAAAUGCCAAGUUGCCUGGCAUAUGGAUGUUCGCAAACCACUGGGAGAGUAACUGCUAAAAAAAGUUUUUUCAUGAUCCCAAAGCCAGUGAAUACAACUGAGAAACUUCGCGCAGCACAAUGGUUGCAUAAUAUUGGUACUGGAUUGAAUGUAGAAACAUUUCCAUUUGGGAAAAAUAAAGUUGUAUGGGAAGACCACUUCCAUCCUGACUGCAUAAAAGAUGAUUUAAAAGGACGUCUAACGGGGAUACCAUCGAAACGGAAAGAGCUACUUUGUGGAGCAGUUCCAACUAUUUUUAAACACAAAACUUACGAAUUUAUUAACAUGGAUGGCACUACCGUAUUAAAACGUGAUUCAUCUUUAAAAAGAAAAAUGCAGGAAGAAUGCCUACAUACCGUAAAGAAGUUACUUAGUGAAAACAAAGAAACCACACUUUCACAGACAUUACAUUUCAUAGUAAUGCACCCAAGCCGUAUAUUGUCUAUAUGCUGAAAAGCGUAGUUGUCUAAAAAGAAUAUAAUAUGUUUUGUUGUUGUGGAACCUAGGCCUUACAAAAUGUUGUAUAUAUAUUUUUAAAUAUUAUUUGACUCACAUUCAGUAUAGAUGUGCAUAUUUUACAUGGCUAGCCUCACAAAUAUCGAGGGAUAUACCCUGUCUAUUAUUUCCAGGAGGGGCCAUGGCGUAGAUGGAGAGUCCUAGAGUAUUUAAUGCUCAUUUGAGCUACGCAGACCCAAUUAGAGCCCGCGCUCUACUAGACAACUCCCGGCAACAUCCAACGGCCCACACAGUGUGCCAUCUUCCCAAUUUCCCUCACAUGGCUUGGGUUAACCCGAGGCUAUGGUAACAUUCACUCGCCCAUGCUGAAUCGCCGUCAAGAGGAAUCGAACCCCGGUCUCCCGCACAGAGUACGAGAGCUAUAACCACUAAUCUACGGCGCCACAGUAUACGAACUUUUAUGUAGAUAAAGAACGCAUUUUUUUUUUCGCAUAUGAAGUAAUAUUUUAUAUUUGUUUUGAAAGGUAGAAUAAUAAGCUUACUUGUUUUGAAAAGAUUUUAUAUCCUUGAAAUUAUUUUGAUAUCUGCGAUGUCUAAUGCUUGCUGUCUCUAAUACGGUGCGAUUUAAACAAAGAAUUAUAAAAUCUUUAUGCAAGGUAAUACAUGUAUUCUCUUCCAGCUUUUCUCCCAGUAAAGUUGUAAACUCCAAACAACACUUGCAUUCUUCAACAGUCAUUAACUCGUGUAUAUCACAUUUUUUACACUUACACCAAUGUAAGUUUUCUAACCUGCUUGAGUCUAAAUCCUCGUCUUCGUCGUCGUCUGAAAUAUCAUUCGCAGUUUUUGAUGAACAAAUGUUUUUCAACUGACUUUCAGUAUAUUCAGGUUCGUUAUCAUAACACCCUUUGUAAAUACUUUCAUCUGUUUCAUUCGCUAUGUUCACUAGCACAACUACUUUUUUCGCUGCUAUCCAUGACUAAGUGAUUUUGAGUCUCGCGGCUCAUACGUCAUAAUUCUGUAUGGUUCACGAGGAACCGUGAAUGGAGUACACGGUUAAUUUCAGAAAACCUUAGAACUUUAAUGGCCUAAAACAGCCUAAAUAAUGAAAAUUAAGAGUUAAUUUUUUUUUCAAUAGUUUAUUUAGAUGUUAUACAACGUUCUUAAUUUUUUUUUUAAUAACAUUUUUUUUUGACCUUAGUUUCCCUUUAACAAGUUAUAUAUUAGGUUUGGUUCACACUACACGUUUUAUUAAAAAAACUGUGCAGCAUGUUCAGAAGAUUUAAGCCUUUGCCAAAAGUGAUGAGAUGCUCUUUUAAACUUCAAAAUUACAAAAAAUAGAGAAAAGUGAAGGACAAUUUAAAAAUAUUUUGAGUCUUGAAGCUAAGAACAUUCUUUUAAAUUAAGUUCUUAUAAAAAUAGAUACGUGCAUAACUACUCCACUGCAAUCAUAUUCCUUAGUGAGAACCUAGCUUUAAUUUAUUAAUUUUUUGCCAUUGUGAAUUCCAUACCUUGUUUUGUGUUAGUUUGUGUGCUGUGGUUUGUGAUUUUUCAUCGGGGUUGGCUUUGGAAUGAUUUUGUUGUGUGGUUGAUUGAUAUUAUAAAAAUUUUAAAGGUAAUUUUUGGGUGAGUUUUACAAACUUUAUCCAAUCGCUUCAGCUUGAGUAAUACUUUAUAUGCAUCACAUGCAUAAUUUUAAGCAUUUUAAUUUCAUUUUCAGUUUGUAAUAAACCUGAAAUUAAAAUGUAUAUCAACCUCGGACGCCUUGUCUUCUUUCGUGUUGCUAUAUAUAAAAAAAACGGAAACGAAGUUUCUUAUUUUGUUCACAUUUUUCAGCCAUUUUUGGCGUCAUUGUUCUUAUAAAGAUGAUUUUGUAAAAAACGUACUUUAAAAACUGAAAUCUUUUAUACAUUCCCAUCCGGCUACGGUCGUGUUAGAAAAGCAUUUUAAGCUGUUUGCAGUGAAAAUAUCAAUUUUUUUGGUACACGGUCCACACAUCCAGCAAGCAAUUUUAAGCAAUUUACAAGUCUACAAGUAAUCUCGUUCCCUGGGCUAUUUUUUCACUUUUUAAUGAUGGUUCGUCCUCGGAUUAUUAAAAAUCGUGAAUCUGUUAUAAAUGCAUUCGUUUUUCAACAAAUGCAAACGGCAUACACGUUAAAAAAUUUUUUCUAGGAAACAUAUACACACAAAAGAAAGAGAGGAUAUAAAAAAAGAGAGUUUUAACAUAUCUUUACCG